AUGCAUUGCUCCUUCCUGGCGCCAGAUGGGAUGCUAAAGUGCCCCAAAAGCACCGAAGCCGCGGACGCGCCCCAGCAACCGCAAGAGGAGCCACGCAAGGUCUUCUUCGGCUGCCACUUCGAGCUCGAUGGCUGCAUGCCAGCCGAGGAGUUUCGGACAGCCCUGGUGAACCUGGACGUGGAGGUGGAGAGCAGGCUUGCCACGAUGCGCGCCGAACUCCUCCAACUCCUCCAAGAGUCCUCGGAGGCCUUGCGGCAAGAUAUGGACAGUGAUCGCCGGGAAGCCGCUUCGGAGAGUCCGCGCCGUGGGCGAAAGCCUCGGCCAGCCGAGUCGGUGCCAUCCAUCGAGGCUGAGAGCAGCCUGGCAGAGCCAACGCCCCGGAGGCCCAAUGCCCCAACCGUGACGCCAGCACAGAUGCACCUGGCGAGGUUGCCCACCGACCGUCUCAGGAACUCGGCCGAGCGCAUGGGCAUCAAAGCUGGCGGUGGCAAGUCCGAAAUCAUUGCAGCUGUCCUGUACGCCAUCCAAAAGCAGCACAGGAGUGUGGGUUCACGCUUGAUGUAUAGCUGA